CUUGCUUGUCUUCUGAUGGACUGGUGUCGGAAAGUCGGGGACAGUGCGUGUGCCCUUCGGUGUCUUGAGUUUUUUGUGUUUCCUUUCUUUUGAAAGUCGGUUUUGUGUUUUUACUUUACGGCUUUACUUGUUGGAAUUUUAUUAAUCGGGUGGUUCCAUCGUUGUUUAUGAGUCUAAAAUGUUUUAAACAUCUGGAAAUCUGUUUUAAUCUACCUGGAAUUUGCGGACGGACCACCGAGAUGGAUAUUAGCUAAACGUUAGCCUAGCCGAUAGCUGACUUGCUAGCCAAGGAUCACAGGGUCAAGUAACUAAAGAAGGAGCUAACUAUCCAGGCUAGCUUACUUAGCUAGCCAGCUUACAUAGCUCGCUAUUUCAAACUGUUUUUUUCCUUCUAUGUCGGGAUGGUGAACACAUCAAACUAUUAGUUUCUUUGCGAACUUGCUAGCUAACUUUUUAUUCCAAUUUAACUCACUGAAAUUUCAUUUUUGGAGACCUACAAGCUACUUACAAGCUAACCCAGGAAGAAGAGACCGACUGAGAAUAAGAAGUGUUGUCUUAGUUGAUCGGUCCCAGUAUGUUGUCCAACGUAGGGACCCAGCCUCAUUUCCCUGCGGCCCAGGGCCCACCUAACCCGGCGGGACAAACUAACCAGCCCCCGCCUGGUCACCACCUUCAUUUCCAUGUAAGACCGAGCGUCACGAUCAAGAAGAACGCUAUAACAGACGACUAUAAGGUAACGAGUCAGGUACUGGGAUUAGGCAUCAACGGAAAGGUGCUGGAGAUUUUCCACAAGAAGAGCGGAGAGAAAUACGCCCUUAAGAUGCUGCAGGACUGUGCCAAGGCUCGGAGGGAGGUGGAACUUCACGGACGGGCGUCUCUUUGUGACCACAUCGUACGCAUUGUGGAUGUCUACGAGAACCUCUACCAGAGCAGAAAGUGUCUACUCAUAGUUAUGGAGUGCAUGGACGGUGGAGAGCUGUUCAGCCGAAUCCAGGACAGAGGGGAUCAGGCCUUCACAGAGAGAGAGGCGUCUGACAUCAUGAAGAGUAUAGGAGAGGCCAUUCAGUUCCUUCAUGCCAUCAACAUCGCUCACAGGGAUGUCAAGCCAGAGAACCUGUUGUAUGUGUCUAAGAGACCCAACGCGCUGCUGAAACUAACAGACUUUGGUUUUGCUAAAGAGACCACCACAAACAACUCCCUGGCCACGCCCUGCUACACGCCCUACUAUGUCGCUCCAGAGGUGCUGGGUCCAGAGAAGUAUGAUAAGUCAUGUGACAUGUGGUCACUAGGCGUCAUCAUGUAUAUCCUGUUGUGUGGCUAUCCUCCUUUCUACUCUAACCAUGGUCUGGCCAUUUCGCCUGGGAUGAAGAAGAGGAUUAGGAUGGGGCAGUAUGAGUUCCCCAACCCUGAGUGGUCUGAUGUGUCAGAAGAAGCCAAGCACCUGAUCAGGACCCUGCUGAAGACUGAACCCACUCAGCGGAUGACCAUUGCAGAGUUCAUGAACCAUCCCUGGAUCAACCAGUCAAUGGAGGUUCCUCAGACUCCUCUCCACACCAGCAGAGUUCUGAAGGAGGAGCAGGAUGUCUGGGAGGACGUAAAGGAGGAGAUGACGAGCGCUUUGGCCACCAUGAGAGUUGACUACGAGCAAAUCAAAAUCAAGACUAUCGAAGAAUCAUCCAAUCCCCUUCUGAUGAAGAGGAGGAAAAAGACCCAGCCGUCAGCCAAUCACACAGCCCAAGGCACAGAGACUCCUGCCCUCUGAGACACGCGCACACACAGAUAUAUAAUCAUAUAAGGGACACAAACACUCACACCUACACGCCCAUACACACCAAAAAGCUACAAACGCACACACACCUGGGAUGUAAAAAGCAAUAAGGGUUAUCAACUAACGGGAAGUUAGAGAGGAUACAUCAUGGAUUUUCUUAAAGCCUUCAAGUUUAUUUUUUUGGAUCAGUUUUAAUGUUUUUAGAAACAUUUAUUUUUAUUACUCUUGAGUUUUGAGCUGAAGAACCACUCUGUUCUGGUCACCUUUUACACUAGCACGCAGAGCGCACGUGAACUGGAGAAGUAAGAAGGGCUGUGUGUGCAUCUGUGUGGGUGGGUGUGCACGUCUGUCUGUCUGUGUGUGUGUGUGUGUGUGUGUGUGUGUGUGUUUUUAUAAUGGCUAAAUCCCCCAAAUAAUAUUUGAUAUCACAAAAUUCUGCUUCCUUCUGAAGUGUGCACAUGUUCACUACUCUUUAAAAGCAUUGGACUGUUGAAGGCCCCAGAGAGCCUCCACAGGUCAGCCAUUUCCUACAAGGGGAAGUGAACCUGUACAAACUGUUCAAUUGACCUCACAAUUACUGUACUGGGUCAUAGUUGACUACUUGCCCUUCGGUCUACUGGACCCUUAAGUACCCAUGGACAUCUGAUUGGCCUAGGAUGCCCAUGUUUAAGAUGUCUGAUUGGCCCAAGGUGUCAGUGUUGAAGGCAUCUGAUUUCCCCUGGAUGCCUGUGUUUAAGACAUCUGAUUGGCCCAAGGUGCCAGUGUUUAAGACAUCUGAUUGGUCCAAGGUGCCAGUGUUUAAGACAUCUGAUUGGCCCAAGUUGCCAGUGUUGAAGGGCUGAAACAAAGCUGCCAUGUUUCAUAAUGGAAGGCAGCGGGGCCAUCUCAGCCUAAUGCUGUUCUGUGGGUUUUGUAGUGUUUGUAGUUUCUUCUGUUUGUAGUUGUUAACCUGGCUGCUAUAAGGUUCACAAUCAUCCUUUUUUAAUCCCCUUUUACCAAUAUUACUCUUUAGACUUUGUACAGUGAUGCUGUGUGAAUGCUAUGCAGAGGCCUCCACCCAGAACUACCUUUUUAGAUCUUUUUAAUAUACUGCUUUGAUUUUUGUGUACAAAUGUGUGUGUUUGAAGUUCUCUGUACGAAGGACUAACCAACUGAUAUUCCACUGUGAAGUCUGCAUCCCAAAUAUCACCCUCCUCCAGUGGGGGUCUCCGACUCCAUCCCCCUUAGCAGCUACUGGGGUUAAUGAUCUGGGUGCUGUCCUUUGACUUGAAGACAUCAGGGUUUCUUCACUACGUCUGUAGCCUGUUGCAGAUGGUGGUUGACAGGAAUACUUCUGCUUAGAACUGCCAUGUAUGCUGAUCUGUUUGUUAGAACAUACAAUAAAUCAUUUAUAUUUUGAGAGUGAAGAACAUGAACUGAGAGGGCAGACAGCUUCCUGUCUAGGCCCUAUGCAGCAGACAGCUUCCUAUCUAGGCCCUGUGCAGCAGACCGCCUUCUAUGUAGGCCCUGUGCAGCAGACCGCCUUCUAUGUAGGCCCUGUGCAGCAGACCGCCUUCUAUGUAGGCCCUGUGCAGCAGACCGCCUUCUAUGUAGGCCCUGUGCAGCAGACCGCCUUCUAUGUAGGCCCUGUGCAGCAGACCGCCUUCUAUGUAGGCCCUGUGCAGCAGACCGCCUUCUAUGUAGGCCCUGUGCAGCAGACCGCCUUCUAUGUAGGCCCUGUGCAGCAGACAGCUUCCUAUGUAGGCCCUGUGCAGCAGACAGCUUCCUAUCUAGGCCCUGUGCAGCAGACAGCUUCCU